GUUGUUCCCUUUCGCUGAAAUCUGAAAAGAAAAAAAGUUCAAGGGCAGAAGUAGAAGUGAUGUAUAUUUAACCAAUACUCAGAAAAAUAGUCAUGACAGUUGACGGAGGAACGUUGGAAUGCUUAUGAAGGGAUACAUCUCUUGGGAAGAGAAAGGAGCUUUCAAUGUAGCAAUCUUCUCUGUCUCGAAUGAUGACAGGUCCUGCCUUAAGGCAGAGGGUUCCACUAGCCGGCUUCCAGAGGGCCCUUCCAGACCUGUAAUUCUCAGAGCCACUUCUGUCGCCGGCCUUCAGAUGCCGAGACCAAACUCCACACGGCCGGAGUAUCUUCUCCCCUUUUAGGAGCUCCCGCAGCGCCACCAGCAGCAGCAACAGCAUCUGUUCCAACUGAAGACUUCCCUCAAAGGCGGCGGCGGCGGCGGCGGGCGCCCGGGCUCCUCGCUCCGGCGGCGGCGGCGGCGCACGAGGCGACAGCGGCGGCGGCUUCCGGAGUCCCGCUGCGAAGAUGCUCAAAGUCACGGCGCCCUCCUGCUCCGCCUCGUCCUGCUCGUCGGUCACCGCCAGUCCGGCCCCGGGCGCCGGGAGCCUCGUCCCGGAUUACUGGAUCGACGGCUCCAACAGGGAUGCUCUGAGCGAUUUCUUCGAGGUGGAGGCGGAGCUGGGACGGGGUGCUACAUCCAUUGUGUACAGAUGCAAACAGAAGAGGACCGAGAAGCCUUAUGCUCUCAAAGUGUUAAAGAAAACAGUGGACAAAAAAAUCGUAAGAACUGAAAUAGGAGUUCUUCUUCGCCUCUCACAUCCAAACAUUAUAAAACUUAAAGAGAUAUUUGAAACCCCUACAGAAAUCAGUCUGGUCCUAGAACUCGUCACAGGAGGAGAACUGUUUGAUAGGAUUGUGGAAAAGGGAUAUUACAGUGAGCGAGACGCCGCUGAUGCAGUUAAACAAAUCCUGGAGGCAGUAGCUUACCUACAUGAAAAUGGAAUUGUCCACCGUGAUCUCAAACCAGAGAAUCUUCUCUAUGCAACUCCAGCCCCAGAUGCACCACUCAAAAUUGCUGAUUUUGGACUCUCUAAAAUUGUGGAACAUCAAGUGCUCAUGAAGACAGUAUGUGGAACCCCCGGGUACUGCGCACCUGAAAUUCUUAGAGGCUGUGCCUACGGACCUGAGGUGGACAUGUGGUCUGUAGGAAUAAUCACCUACAUCUUACUUUGUGGAUUUGAACCAUUCUAUGAUGAAAGAGGCGAUCAGUUCAUGUUCAGGAGAAUUCUGAAUUGUGAAUAUUACUUUAUCUCCCCCUGGUGGGAUGAAGUAUCUCUAAAUGCCAAGGACUUGGUCAGAAAAUUAAUUGUUUUGGAUCCUAAGAAAAGGCUGACUACCUUUCAAGCUCUUCAGCACCCGUGGGUCACAGGUAAAGCAGCCAAUUUUGUACACAUGGAUACCGCUCAAAAGAAGCUUCAAGAGUUCAAUGCUCGGCGCAAGCUUAAGGCAGCGGUGAAGGCCGUGGUGGCCUCUUCCCGGUUGGGAAGUGCCAGCAGCAGCCACAGCAGCAUCCAGGAGAGCCACAAGGGUAGCCAAGACCCAUCUCCAAACCAGCACGAGGACAAGGACAUCAAAGCUGUCCCGGAAGGAGAGAAGAUUCAAGGAGACGGGGCCCAAGCAGCAGUUGGGGAGGCAGAGGCUGAGCUGAUGAAGGUGCAGACCUCUGAGGAAGUUCAAGGUGCAGAUAUAAAUGCUGAGGAGGCCCCCAAGAUGGCGCCCGAGGCAUGGGAGGCUGGGAUAAAGGUGGCCGGCCCGGAAGUAAAGGAGGGCCUCGUAGAGGAGAAUCAGAAGACUUUGGAAGAAGCAGCAGCCCCCAAAGAAGGGCAAGAAAUCCCUACUGUGGGAUUUGGAAUUCCACAGCAAGAUGUGAUCCUGCCAGAGUACUAAGUCGGCUUCCUUCAGAUAUGGAAGCCAAAGCCCAGCAUUUUAUGUACUUUGUCCUUCAGCAAGGAAGGUGUGGAAGCAUGAUAAGCACUGUAGUGAUUCUGUUUUUGAGGUGCAAAAAAAAAAUACAUACAUACCAGUUGGUAAUCCUAACUUCAA